GAGGCGCCUGAAGAGCUCCGUCAGUCCCACAGGAGACCUGCUGGAUCUCAGAGACCAGGACCAAGAGCGGGAUGGAGGAGGACAACCAGGACCCGGAGCCCCGGAGCAACAACGUCCCCGGAGGACAAACAGCAGGCUCGAGCUCUGAUAGCACCGAUGUUCAGAAACUGGGAGGAAGAGAGGGACCCAAACGUCACCACUGUCAGCACUGUGACAAAUACUUCACAACAUCUUUGUAUUUAAAGGUUCAUCAGAGAGUUCACACUGGAGAGAAACCAUACAGCUGUGACCAGUGUGGAAAAACUUUCAUUACUUCAGUUGCACGAAAAGUCCACCUGCGUGUUCACACUGGAGAGAAACUGUACAGCUGUGACCAGUGUGAGAAAACUUUCACUCAAUCAGGUAACCUAAAAAUCCACCAACGUGUUCACACUGGAGAGAAACCGUACAGCUGUGACCAGUGUGGGAAAACUUUCAAUCAAUCAGGUCACCUAAAAAACCACCAAAGUGUUCACACUGGAGAGAAACCAUACAGCUGUGAAAAGUGUGGGAAAACUUUCACUACACCAUAUAGCCUAACAAUCCACCACCGUGUUCACACCGGAGAGAAACCGUACUGGUGUGAAAAGUGUGGAAAAACUUUCACGACAUCAUAUGGCCUAAGAAUCCACCAAAGUGUUCACACCGGAGAGAAACCGUACAGCUGUGACCAGUGUAAGAAGGCUUUCAUUUACAAUCGUUCCCUAAAUAGACAUAAAAAGCAUUCACACAGCAUCGCCUACAGCAGCACCCUACCUCACAGCACUGGUACUGGAAGACCGGGUGUCUCUGGCUCUACUGAUUCCAGCAACAUCCUAGUUCACGAAAACAGUAUAGGAUGGGCGGGGCGAGACGCCGUGACAUCGCGAGAACACUCCGCGGGAUCCCGCAGCGCUCCUGUAUCUCAGCCUGAAGAGCUCCGAGACCAGAAUCCAGACUCAGUCCAGGACAACACGGUCCACCAGUCACAGACCUGCAGGACGAUGGAGAACCGGAACCCGGACCACAGGAGCCAAACAGCAGCCUCGUGCUCUGAUAGCACCGAUGUUCAGAAACGAAGAAGAAGAGAGGCACUCAAACGUCUCUGCUGUCAGCACUGUGGCAAAUCCUUCUCAACAUCUGGAUCUUUAAAGAUACAUCGGAUGCUUCACACUGGAGAGAAACUGUACAGCUGUGACCAGUGUGGGAAAGCUUUCACUACAUCAAAUCAUCUAAAAAUACAUCGUGUUCACACUGGAGAGAAACCAUACAGCUGUGACCAAUGUGUGAAAACUUUCACUUCAUCAAAUCAACUAAAAAUACAUCAACGUGUUCACACGUUCACUACAUCAGGUAACCUAAAAAUCCACCUACGUGUUCACACUGGAGAGAAACUGUACAGCUGUGACCAAUGUGGGAAAGCUUUCACUCAGUCAGGUAACCUAAAAAUCCACCAACGCGUUCACACUGGAGAGAAACCGUACAGCUGUGACCAAUGUGGGAAAGCUUUCACACAAUCAGGUCACCUAAAAAAACACCAACUUGUUCACACUGAAGAGAAACCGUUCAGCUGUGACCAAUGUGGAAAGGCGUUCAUUACAUUAGGUAACCUAAAAAUCCACCUACGUAUUCACACUGGAGAGAAACCGUACAGCUGUGACCAGUGUGGGAAAACUUUCACUCAAGCAGGUAAUCUAGAAUCUCACAGACGUGUUCACACUGGAGAGAAACCGUACAGCUGUGACCAAUGUGGGAAAGCUUUAAAUUCAUCCAGUCACCUACAAAGGCACCGACGUAUUCACACUGGAGAGAAACCGUACAGCUGUGACCAGUGUAGGAAAACUUUCACUACAUCAAAUCAACUACAAAUACAUCAACGCGUUCACACUGGAGAGAAACCGUACUGGUGUGAACAAUGUGGGAAAAUGUUUGCUCAGAGCAGUAGCCUUAAACGCCACCGACGCACUCAUGAUGCUUCGUUUUGAACAUAUUUCAGAGCCAAGUGAGGUGUUUCCUCCUGCCUUCUUGAUUCCUGAUUAGGAAUGCGGUGAUUAACGGAUUUCACUAUUAACCGCGCUUUAAAACGUCAGGACUAAUUUGUAAAGGCUACAUCAAGUGUUUCUCUUGUGGGGAACAAAACUGUUGCGUGCUUAUCAGAGACAUGGAGGCUACUACUGUACACUGGUUAACUCUGGCAUAGGGACCAAACUGUGAAGCUUUAUUUCCACCAAAGAAACAUCAGUUUUGGGGUUAAACGGUUGCUGCUUAAGUAGCGAAUACCUACAUCAAAUUUGAUGUAGCUCGCGCGCACACCGCUGUCAAAUUAGUUUAACAUUUUUGCGCUGAAUCCAGCUUCCACGCUGCGCAAAUCGUGAAUGAACACACUUCUUAAAUAUAUGAUUUAUAAACUAGCUAACAUGGUGUUCUAGAAAACGAAUUUUCAAAUGAUAUGAUUCAAUAUGAAGAGUUUUAAAAAGACCAGUUGAACUUUUGCUUAGAAAAUGCUAACAAAGAUGAAAUUUUUGGAAUCUGCGUUUGCCAGACUUACAUUUCCAUACAUUUAUUCAUUUAGCUGACGCUUUUAUCCAAAGCAACUUACAAUUGCUAUACAUGUCAGAGGUCUCAUGCCUCUGGAGCAACAAGAGGUUAAGUGUCUCACAGUGGGAAUCGAACGCGGGUCUCUCACACCAAAGGCAAGCAUCCUAUCUAUGCGCCACCACAACCCACACUUGUUAUAAAAUAGACAAAUUAUAAUUUUGAUAUAUCUUAUUCAAGAUUGUUUUGAACAUUUAUUUAAAAGUAUGGUAAUUGUUAUAACAAAUUGAAGUAAAAUCAUAAGUUUAGACAGGUGUCUUGCUUUAAUUAAUAAGUGGAAUAUUUGUUAAUGAACUCUUUGUUCAUGUGAUAUAGUUUUAUUCCACAUCAAACGUUCAUUUUCUCCUGUAAGAAAUGAUUCAAAACUUGAAGUUUAACUGCUAGCGCAGUAUGCGAUACCCCACCUUUAUGACGCACAGAACGACACAUGAACGAACCACACAGCAAGUAAUGUGAUGAACGUUAGCUAGGUUGUUUGUUAGCAAACUGUCGCUACUUGCUGCUGCAGAGCUAACACGAGAGACGUGGAGUAGCACAGCAGCUCCAGACAGCGAUACAACUCUCCUGCUACUAUAGAUAACGUCACAACAAUGUAAAGUAAGAUGAAUGUCGGUGGGCAAGUCGUUAACUUGACCUGACACGCAUCAUGGCUGGAAUCAGAAUAAUUCUUCAGCCAAUGCAACAGGCUUAGUUGUCAUCCCAUGACCUCAGUAUGACGCUGGUAAACAUGUAUUCAGCUGGAGAUGGUAUCCUCUGUCUAUGUUCAAAGAGGCUCAGGUGUCAGAUGUGAAUGUCCUCCUUGAUCUUUCUCCGGCCAUCCACUGAAACCUGCUCCAUGACCUUUGACCUCUUCCCAGUCGAUUCUGUGAGUGGUUCAGGUCUGGUGUUCACAGGCAGACAGUUCCCUUUCUGUCACAUGUGAUGCCAUACACCUCUUCAGUCUUCCUACCAGCAGAGAUCUGAAGGUGUUGGAUGGUUUGUAACUUAAAGGCUCUGGAUGUUGUGACAGUCCAGCCAUGUAAGGGAGUCCCACUGGGAAGUCCUGGUUUAAAGUUUGAGGAUUGUCGUCACCCAUCCAAUAAUCCAUCUACGAGUCGACAACUGGAGAAAAAUCAAGGAGAUUCACCUCUGACACCAGAGAGCCUCUGAGAACAGAGACAGAGGUUACCAUCUCCACCUGAGAACAUCCGCCUGUUAUCAUGAGACUGUGCUGGACUAGAGUCAUGUGAUGACGACUGAGGAGGUUCAGUUUGCUGAAGAAGGCCAUGGGAUGUGGUCAAAAGCUCCAACAAAGAGGUAGUGUGUGAGGCUUGAGUUUAGACUCAUUUAUUACAGAUGUGUUCCUCAAAGUCAAGAAUGAAGCUCCACGCUGGAUGAAAUAUUGUUUCUGUGAGCUUCAUGUUUUCUUGUUAUUGUAGUGAAACAUAUUUAAUCUUUAUUUUAUAUCUGUAUUCACUGUUUUUUUUUUCUUUUGCUUAUACUUUAUUGUGUCAAUACAUAUCAUUUACUCAUGUCCCUGUUUUUGUUUAGUAUAGUAUGGUACACAGUUGUAUUUGGUAGAUGUGUCCAGUUGUGUUUUUGGGGUUUUGGCUCUGGUGAGUCUUUACCGUGCAUCUCAAAAAGGGUGGAGGUCUCCAAGAGUUCUCAUGUGGACUUUUUCUCUCAAAUAGCUUCUCACUUGCAAAUAUCAAUAGAAGUGAUUACUAUAGAGACCAAAUCUAUUAGCUGUAUCUUCUGAAGAGUCCACUCUCUUCAUUAUAUUAAAUCUUGUGGGGUCCUGAAAACAUCAUCAAAAUAGUUUGGAGUAAAAUCAACUUCCCAUGAUGUUUCUCUUAAACAGGUCAUUUCUUGUUUCUUUAGUUACUUUACAUUUUUUCUCCAGAUUUGAAAUGUGUUAACUGUAUAUAGAGUAGUUGUGUAUUUUGAUCUGUUGUUAUUUUCUGAAUGUGGUUUUGAAUCUGUUGAGGUUUGUUCAGACUGAAAGCAAAGCCAAUUCUAGUCGAAACAAAGAGCCGCAGAUUCGUUAAUGAUGGCACCAGCUGAGGUGAAGACGUGUCUGCUCAAGUCUGAAAUGUUUCAGCUUCAAGGAAAAAUUCAGCUUUGCCUUUGACAAAUGAACAGAGAGACAAGAAAAAACAGAAACUGGAGGAAAGAGACUAAAGACGUUUCUGCUGAGUUCUUAGAUCAACGUCUGAAGGACUCUGUACGCUUCAAACUAACUAGAUCCUAGAUGCCUCUGGGUUUACCUGCUGUGGUUUUGAUCCAGUGUGUAGUGAGGAGGAAGAGGCGCUGAAUAAACGGGGACUACAAAACCACUACAGACCACAUUUGUGUUCAGUGUGAACAAACCUUCGUUAUUGUGAAAGUCUGAAGCUGUUUGCUUUCUGUUCUGUCAGUAAAUGUGUUGCUUUCUGUUUAACUUGCAUCCUGCCAGGGUUGGUGCUGUAAUAAUCUGAGCAGGAGACUUGAGACUCGAGUCCUUUUCAAUAUUCUCAUUAAAUUAGUCGAC